UCUCUCUCUCAAGCACACUCUUCAAGAUCCAAAAGCAAACCCUAAUAAAAACCCUAAGAAAAGAAAAAAGAAGGGGAGGUGAGAGGGGUCGCUGAGCAAACACAGAGACUACCCCUUCUCUCACUCUCUCUCACUAACUCACUCACGCCGUCCGAUCUGUUCUCUUCGCUCAGAGAUCAAUUCAGUGAUGGCAUCUUUGGAACAGGAAGUCUCAGCUGCAGCUUGCCCUCCUGGUGCUGAUGUUGUUGGCAAUGCCUUUGUUCACCAGUACUACCUUAUCUUGCAUCAAUCCCCCGAGCUAGUUCAUCGAUUUUACCAGGAUAUUAGUAAGCUUGGUCGUCCUGAAGAAAAUGGGGCCAUGAGCAUUACAACCACUAUGCAAGCAAUCAAUGAGAAGAUACUCUCUCUUCAAUAUAGUGACCUUAGAGCAGAAAUCUUAUCCGUGGAUGCACAAGAUUCUUUCAGUGGGGGAGUUCUUGUUCUUGUGACUGGGUAUUUGUCUGGAAAGGAUACUUUGAGGCGUAAAUUUAGUCAGAGUUUCUUCCUGGCGCCUCAAGACAAAGGCUACUUUGUUCUGAAUGAUGUUUUUAGAUAUGUUGAUGAGGGGAACCAGGGUUUGGAUAAUGAUGUUGAAACGCCUCCUAGUCCUGACCUUGAUCCUUCUUCUGUCCUGGAGAUCCAUAUUUCUGAACCAUCACCUGCAGUGCCAGAGGACGUUGAUGUAGAGGAAGUGUAUAAUCCUCCUGAGAAGGUACAGGAUUCGAUUGAAGAAGAGGAAGCACCUGUUCCUGAGGUUGUUGAUCAAAUUUCUGAUGAUUGGCAGAUUGUGGCCGAACCUAACUCUAAAAUGGAAGAAGUGCCAAAGAAGUCAUAUGCCUCUAUUGUUAAGGUUUUGAAGGAGAAUGCUUCUCCUUUCUCAACUCCAACUCCUGCUCCUCGGAAAUCCAUUCCCAGGAGCCAAGAACAACCAUUGACUGCUGGACCUCCUCCUGCCCCGGUGUCUGACAUUCCAGUUUCCAGCACAAAUGCUAAUGAAAACAGCAGUAAUAAGGAAUCUGAAGCUGAUGGUCAUUCUAUCUACAUAAAAGGCCUCCCUGUGAAUGCUACCCCUGCCCUACUCGAGAAUGAGUUCAAGAAGUUUGGACCCAUUAAGAGUGGCGGUAUUCAAGUUAGAAGUCAAAAGGGAUUUUGUUUUGGCUUUGUGGAAUUUGAGGUGGCAAGUGCUGUUCAAUGUGCAAUCGAGGCUUCACCCAUUGUUAUCAAUGGGCGCCAAGCAGUUGUUGAGGAAAAGAGGUCUACCAGUCGAGGGAACAGUAAGAGUCGAUUUUCAUCUGGAAGGACCGUUGGAUAUAGGAAUGAAGGAUUAAGAGGGCGUGGAAACGGAAACUAUGGAGGUGGCAGAGGAGGCGGCUAUGGUCGUGGUGACUUUAAUGGCAGGGCUGAGUUUGGAAACAGAAAUGGCAAUCGAGGAGGAUUUUCUAGCCGUGGAGGUGACGGAUACCAAAGGACCGAUCACAUGGGUAGCAGCAACGGCGGUCGGGUGAAUCGUGCUGGUGGAUUGACUGUUAAUGCAACAGCCAGAACUACAGCACCUCGGAUACCUGCUACUGCAUAAGGAUUCACAGCUUGUGAGGAGGAUAGAUAGCCGUUGAAAAUUUUGUUCUGGUGAUUUUGUCAAGUGAUUGGAAGAUUUAGUCCUUUUUUUUUCUUUCCCCUUUUAUCGGUCUUGGGUGGAUAUUCUAAUCCUCCGUGAGAAUUAGUACGUUGUGGGCAUAAUUUUCUGUUUUUGAUUAGUCAUUUUUGGGGCUUUGGGCAUUUAUGUGAAUGUUCUUUUAGUUGGGCAUUAGGUCAUCUUGGUAUGGAAUUUUUUUUCCUUUCUGGAGCGGAAAUGCUCAAUGUGAAUGUAGCAGACCCUCUUCUCUUUGAGCGGUUAGAAUUUUCAGAAGUUGGAAUUGUUGUGAAUCA